CUUUUUUUCUUCCUUCUUCCCCACCCAGCCCACUUUUUUUCUUCUCUGCAACUUGCUUCUCUUUUUCUCCCCCAUCUAAUUUCUUGCUCUUCACAGCCUUCGUCCUCUUCACAGCAUUUUUCUUUUUUUUGUUUAAUCGCGCGUGGAACGCACGAUUACCCCUAUCUCCCCCCAAGCACCGGUGCUAAGCUUCGCCGCGGCUUCGACCCAGCCGAGGUCUCCAACGCGGCAGCCCCUCCAGCGACCCGGAUCGACGCGGCGCUCGACACCAGCGCUGCGGAUGCUCUUAUCACUAUUCUUGAAACUAUAUGAUUCCCAUAUUCUGCUUCUAUUUUUCUACAAAUUUAAUUUCAAGGAAGCUCCUUCUACCAUCAUUCAUUCAUAACUUUUUGUAAGAUGUUUUCUCGAAUUUUAGUUGUUUUUGCUGUUUAUGUCACUGUGGUUUUUGGCUUGUUAAUUAUUUUUGUAAGUAAAUUCAACUGUUAAUAGUUCUUGAUUGGUAUUAGGAAUUGUGCUUUUUUCCUUUGAUUUGAUUUAUCUUUUUCUUUUUUAAGACUUGGAGGGGAUUUUUCUGUUUAUGAGUUGACACUCUUGUUUCUCUUGCUUCUGGCAUUUGAAUUCUGUGAUGUGAUGAUUCAACUCCUCCUGAGAGAGAGAGAGAGAGAGAGAGGAGAGUCUAUUUGAAAUGGAAACGAAAGCAGGAUAAAAUGGAAUAUAAACUUGAGUCAUUAUGUAUCUGUUUGCACAUUAAAAAAAUAAUCUACUUAUAAAUAAGUUUUUUUUUUUUUUUGGAGAUAUACUUUUAUGAGAAAUCGACCAAGCUCUGUGUGGGACUCCAACUAGUUUCAGUAAUUUAAUUGAUUGGUUCUUAUUUUUAGAAAAAAAAGAAAACUUGAUUACUACCCUAUGCUUACCUUUUUUCUGCAUGGAAAAAAGAAAACUUGAUCACAGCUUUUCAAACUCUCUCUCUCUCUCACACACACACACAUAUGAAGAGGAGCAGAAGAAGUCAUGUUGCCAAAUCUCUCCCAAUGGAAGAGGAGUUAAGCUUCUUCAAGGUCAUUUCAACAUCUCAAAAAAUGGAAUUCCCUCCAGAUAGUGUUGCAAAGAUGCAAGGAGUUCUAGGCAGCAGAGUUACCCUCAGAGAUGCCCACAAAAAAUUGUGGACAGUAGAGGUGGAAAGAGGUGAAAAUGGCUUCUAUUUUGACAAGGGGUGGCCUCAAUUUUAUCUUGAAAAUGAUUUGGAGCCCAAUGAUGUUGUGGCGUUCGAAUACAAGCACGGCGAAUUGCUCGACUUCAGACUGUUUGGACGCGACGCUUGUCAAAAAUUCGGAGUGAAAGAGGAUGCCGAGGAUGAGGAUGAGGACGAGGACGAGGAUUAUGAAGUAGUUUGCAUGAGCAAGAACAAAGCCAAAUCUAACAAGGGCUUAAGCUCAAUCCAUACAUCUUCCAAAAGAAGAGUUGAAGAAGAGGAAAUAGAGAUGAAGAUGAAGGAAUCCAAGUCAAGAUCAUCACCAUCAUCUUCUUCUUUGAGGCAUGAUAUAAACGAUUACUACGGACACGACAUCUUCGGAUCGGGCCGGGCCAUCCGACCCAAAAAUCCUUAUUUUGUGUCGAGAUCAAGAAAAUCGCGCAAGAACGAGCUGCACAUCCCAAAUCAUUUGAUAGAAGAGGGGAAGCUCAAGAUUGAGUCAAGAAUGUUGAUGGAGGAUGCAAGUGGGAGGAGAUGGGAGAGCAUGAUCAAGAAGUGGAAAGACGGGCGCGUGUGGUGCACGCGCGGAUGGAAGAGAUUGUGCGACGCUAACGGCAUAGGCCCCGACGACAUCUGCAUCUGUGAGUUCGUGCAACAAGACGCCCGCACCCUCUGCAUGCUCGUUCGUGUUGUUGAUGUCGUUAAGUAAACGCGUAUUAGGGUGUUAUCUUUGGUUGUCACGCAUGAAUUAAUUUUAAAUAUUAGGAGACGAAAUUGUAAAAAUUGAAAAGGUAGUGAUUUAAA